AUGCCAGCAACAGUUUCGGGGACAGCCUUUCAUCACAGAAAGGCGGGUAUAGUUACCAUAUUGGAGGAUGCAGAACCACCAAAAGUGGUGUGGAAGUGCGUGGAUACUGAUGCAAGUCAUUCCGUGGUGAGUAUUCCGCUUGAUAAGAUUGUUAGUUUGCAGGCGACCCCGGCCAAAAUCCAAAAGAUGAUGCUGAAGAUAGGACUUAAGGAUGAGCAUGGCUCAGAGAGUGAUGGCAAAAAGCAAAAGAAGCACAAGAACAGUGUGAUUUUCAGCUUCAACAACAGGGUCACUAUGGAUAAUAUAAAGCUGACUUUGCAGCAAGUGAUUGCAAGAAAGAAAACCAGCAAGGAAAUGGAAGCAAGCAGAUCAGAGACACCAGAUAACGAGUUUGGCACAUCGGAAUACGGCGAAAAUGUUGAUAAUGAUGAGCUUUUGACCAAUCUGUUGGACUCAAAGAAGCUCCUCAAGAAUUUCACUCUUCAACAGAAGCUUUUAAGGGAGAACUCGGAUUUAAUGAAGACUUUUACAGAGGCCGUGAUUAAAAGUGGUUUAGAGCCUGAAGAAUUCUGGUCAAGCAGAAUCCAUCUUUUGCGAUCAUACGCAGUCCAACACAGUCAGAAAAGGGGACCAUACAAUGUUCUCAGUACAAUUAAACCUGUUGCCUCCAGUGAAAACGAAGUUAAUGUUAGUGUGACGCGCGAGAAAAUACAUGAGAUUUUCAAGCAGUAUCCGAUAGUCCGAAAAGCGUAUGAUGACAAUGUUCCCAAGAUAAGUGAGGGGGAGUUCUGGUCCCGAUUCUUUUCCUCGAAGCUCUUUCGUAAGUUGAGGGGAGAAAAGAUAAACUUGUACGAUCGUGGUGAUAUCACCUUGGAUAAGUAUUUGUACUACGAUCCCGACUACGAUGGAGAGGAGGAGGAUGAGGAUGUGGAUAAAUUGUUAGAGGAUCAGGAGGCAAAGGAAACAGACAGACAUAAGGAAAAAGGACGAUCGAAGAAAAGAAGAGCUUCCGAUCUACAGAUCACUGCAGCUAAAAAGAAGGUGAAACUUUUCAACGGUGAGGAUGAGAAGAUCUCCAAAUGCAUUGAUAUCCUCGGAAACGAGGCUGAUGAUGCUGGAUUAUUGGGAAACAAGCCGGAUAUUACCAUGAAGAAGGAUCAGGACCCAGACCUUGUGAAUAUUAUGAGGACCAUGAAUAGGUUAAGCAGACGUAUGAUGUCAAACAUCAAGGAGAAUCCAAGGAAGAAAAAUGCAAACCCAGACGAUGAGUUCAAGCAUGAAUUGGAAAUAAAGGACCUUGACCACAAGGAAACUGUGGAUUACAAUAAGUUGAAUUACACACAGCGGUCAAACGUUUCUUCCAGUAUCGUUCCUCCCGAACUUGUGAAGCAGGCCAUGACUCAAUCCGACUUGAAUCCCAAGUUAAAUGAUUACGAUGCAUCCAUGCAGAUGUUCAAAGGCCAGUUUAAUGAGGCCGAGAAGCUCGACUUGACAUCGGUGUACUUUCAGAUUAAAAAGUCGAUAUAUGACUCUUAUAAGGAUGUGAUCAGUAUUGUGAGAAAGAAUUCCAAGCAGUCAAGUCAAUCCUGGAGUCUUGACAACGACAACUUGAGUACUGGAUGGAAGGAUGCUCGUAGUGAAAUUUCAAAGGAUAGAUUAGAAAGUCUCCGGCUUACCCAGUCAACAUCUAUUGAAUUCCUCCGUCAUUUUUGGAUUCACUUCAAUUCCAUCUCAACUUCAUCUAUCUCGACAAAUUCUCACUUCAAGAAGGAACUGAUACAGCUGCGAAAAUCAUUUUUCAGCAUCACCAAGUGUCUUGAAAGAGUAACUGCGAACCUGAAUCAAUCUGAGGGUGAAGAACGUACCAAGGAGGAAGAAAUCAUGCAUCCAUUGAUAGAAUCUCUAAAAAGGGCACUACAAAAAUACGAAGAUGCCAUCAUCGAACCCAAGCGCUAG